GUGAAACUAAGACGCUCAUUCAGUAAUGAUGGCACAUUGCAUGCAAACUGGAGACUUCUUGGAGGAGUUAAACUGUCCAGUUUGCCUUGAACUAUUUAAAGAUCCAGUGAUAUUGAAGUGUGGACAUAGCUUUUGUAAGACAUGUAUUGAUAAGGUAUGGAAUAGCGCCAAAAAUAUAUCCUGUCCUGAAUGCAGAGUUGAGUUCUCAUCCAGGAAAUACACUGUGAACAGAUGUUUAUCUAAUCAGUCUGAGAGAGCUCGAUUGAUACAGCAGGAGCAGAAGGAAGAAAUAACAGAGCCUGAACAGAGAAGCACAAUUCAUGAUCCAGAUUUAAAAAAAAUGACAACAAAUCAACAUUGUGCAGAACAUAAAAAACAGCUGGAAUUAUUUUGUGAGGAAGAUGAAAUGGUGGUCUGCUCUUUGUGUGUCCCUAAACAUUACGGCCACCAUUUUAAAUCCCUGGAAGAAGCAGUUAACAUGUAUCAAUUUGGAAAUGCUGUAACACUCCUUGUGAUUUUAAGGCUGAAUUGAAAGCAGCUUCAGCGUCUCUGGAAUCCAGUCUGAAGGAUCUACAAGAACUGCAGAAAGAACAGGAAGAGAAAGUCUCAAGCA